AUGCUAUCUAUGCAGAAGCAUUUUGGAAGGCUCUGGAACAAAGGCCCGGGAGACAACGCUAAAGCUUCGGCCCUCCUGACCGACUAUGAAGAUGCCGACAGGGUCUUUGCCAAGAUCAUCGACAUGACAAAGCAGUGGAAAGAUGCCUGGACAUCUCUCGCCUCCUCCCAGCUGCAGCUAGUAGCCGAGUUUGAAGGACUCUAUGAUCCUAUCGUUGGCGCCUCCGAAGGUUCUCGCCGUCAAACCACCCCAACGCCCCAACUUCAGUUGGAGAGAACAUUCAGGUUAAAGAAGGAAUACAAAGAAUUAAAGACCGAGUUAUUAGGGGAAAUCGGACUGAUCGAGGAACAUGUCAUAAGACCGGCUGCUGAGGCCCGCAAGUUUAUUGCGCCGGUUCGGAAAACCAUCGGGAAACGCGAAAACAAGCGACUGGCAUACGAAAAACUUCAAGACAAAGCAAUCAAGAUCCAGCGAAAACCUUGUCGGACGACAAAAGACGAAGCAGCCCUUGCAAAACUCGAGGUGGAGUUGUCAAAGGCUGCUGAGGAGUUUGGAGUCGCCGACGAACAUCUUCGUAAAACCCUGCCGCCGAUCAUCAUGGCAACCUUCAAUCUCAUUCCUCCCCUCCUCUCAAAUAUCGUCCUCAUCCAAACCCGGUUGCUGGGCUUGUAUUACACCGCCCUGCACGGUUACUGCCAGGAGAUAGGACUUCCAUCUCCCCCCCCUCCAAUGAACGAGGUUAUUUCUACAUGGUGCUCGACAUACGGGACAAUUCGACAGAAAGUCGAAUCCUUGAGCAUCGUUGCCCGUGGGAAUUCAGCCCACAAAACCCUGAAGCUUGGCGAUGACAUUCUCUGUCCAACCGGCACUGGUUCCAAUAGAACUUCAUCCAGCAGCUCAAGUGCGAAACUUCACGUACGACAGUGUCGGGUUUCGUCCAUCAGCUCCUUGGAGGCACCCCCUUUCAUGACCGGGAACAAUCCGGUCGCUCAGCCCUCGUCAGCCAGGCAGCCUAACUACACUCAUCCAACUGACUUUACCACAACUGUCGCUCUUGGUGGUGUAGAUAUCGUACAUCCUGGGCAGCGUACCUCUCGCCUCCAUACAAGUGACGACGACUCUGCUGUAUCCCCCAGUACUCCAUCGAGGAAUGUUGGCAAUAAUACCAAACAGUCGGUGCUUAUGGCAGCUAAAAAGAAAGCCCCUCCUCCACCUCCUCCACCGAAACGCAUCUCAGGAGCGAAAAAAGAGGAGUGGGUUAUUGCCCAGUAUGCAUUCGCCGCACAGGGGCCUGAAGAUUUGUCAUUUCAGGAGGGGGACAAGAUCAAAGUCUUGUGGAGAUCAAAGACUGAUCAAGACUGGUGGGUUGGCGAGUUGAAUGGUGUGAAGGGCAAUUUUCCGGCCAAUUACUGCAAGGCUCUGUGA